AUGCUGUACCAGAUCAAAGUGCCGCCACAACAGCUGGAAGACUGGUUGAUGAGAUUCCAGGAGUCCAGUCAGUGCACCCCAGCUGCUCUCAUGUUCGGUCGAGAGCUCCGCACACCCGUGGAUCUGGUGUUCGGGAGCCCGAGAUUGCAGGAGGGCACGAGAUGGACUAUUUCCAAAGACUCAGAGAGCACCUGCGGGUGGUGCAUGACUAUACUCGCCAAGUUCAAGCCAGUUCCGGGGUACGUCAGAAGAGGGCCUAUGACAGUCACUGCCGCGGUCAGCCCUUCCAACCUGGGGACAAAGUGUGGGUUUAUUGCCCCGAUCGAAAGAAAGCAACUGAAACAGCAAAGAGAUAAACUCAAGCAGUACAAAAAGAGAAUAACACUACAGCUGGAGAAAGAGCGGGACCUGGCCAAACAACUGCUGAGAGAUGGCAAAAAGGAAAAAGCACUGUUGCUUCUAAAAAAGAAGAGAUACCAGGACCAACUCCUUGAGAAAAUGGAAAAUCAAAUUUCCAAUUUGGAGCAAAUGGUCCAAGACAUUGAAUUCAUGCAGAUAGAGAUGAAAGUGAUUGAAGGACUCAAGGUUGGAAACGAUUGUCUCAAGCGUAUGCACGAGAUUAUGUCAAUUGAAGAUGUGGAGCGAAUUAUGGAUGAAACACAAGAGGCAAUCGAAUAUCAACGGCAAAUAGACGACAUACUGGCGGGGUCGCUGACUCAAGAAGAUGAGGAAAGUAUUUUGACUGAAUUAGAAAGAAUUACUCAGGGAGAAGUUGUACUCCCAGAGGUCCUAGAUGAAGCUCUACCAGACAUCCCUGAGGCAGCUCAAGUUGAUAAAAAAAGAAGAAAAGAAGAGCAUGAGAAUGAAAUGUUAGCAGCCUGA